CCACAAUUCCACCCAUGCAGCCCCUGGUUUUGGUUUCUCUCUCCUCCUCUCUCUCGAUGGCUCAAUCCUUAUAUUAAUCCUUGAUCUUCCCCUCUCUCCCACUGUUAAAUAAUAUCAUCAUCGUCCCACUUCUCUUUGCUUUGAGAAUCAGUUGUUUCUCUUGCUUCUUCGUUUCUUAAUUUGGAUGUUGAGUUCUGGGUUUUGAAGGAGAAAGUCUUCUGCCGCAUCUGAAGUGAAUAUAUAGUUACACACACACACACACACACACACACACACAUAUAUAUAUAUAUAUAUAUAUAUUACACCUAUGACUAUGGAGACUGCGAGAGUGGUGGAGCAGGGAAGACAUCAGAGGGUUGUUUCGCGUGUUGGGCACGCUAGCAGCAGCAGCAAGGUUAGGUAUCAAGUGAAACAGGGUAUAAGGAAGAGAAAAUGGAGCCGGAAGAUUCAGCAUCCUCUUUCGUUGGCGCCGCCGCCGACUGUUCCAACCCCGCUGCAACAGCUGUUUGAUGCGUGCAGACAUGUUUUCAAAGGCCAUGGAACCGUUCCUUUGCCUCAUCAUGUGCACAAGCUGUGUCGCAUUCUCGAUGAUAUGACACCAGAAGACAUUGGGCUGAGUAGGAAUCUGCAGUUCUUCAAGCCUAAGGCUGUUGUGAAAGGGACUCCUAGGGUCACGUAUACGACCAUAUACGAGUGCAAUAAAUUUUCGUUGUGCUGCUUUUUUAUUCCGGCAAAUGGCGUUAUCCCACUCCAUAACCAUCCAGAUAUGACUGUUUUCAGCAAGCUUCUACUAGGCAAGAUGCAUAUUAAAUCAUACGAUUGGGUUGAUCCCGUUAAUUCAGAUGGCUCCACGCCAGCCUCUCAAUUGAGACUGGCCGAGUUGAAAGCUGAUAGCGUCUUCACAGCCCCUUGCAAUGCAUCGGUACUCUAUCCAACAAAAGGUGGCAACAUCCAUGCCUUCACAGCCAUAACACCAUGUGCAGUGCUCGAUGUGAUUGGGCCUCCGUAUUCUAAAGAAGAUGGCCGGGAUUGCUCCUAUUACAAAGAUCAUCCCUAUGCUGCAUAUUCAAAUGGAGGAGCAGCAGUAACUGAAGAGAAACGCGAUUGUUAUGGAUGGUUGGAAGAGAUUGAAAUGCCUGAGAACGCAGAAAUGGAUAUAAUUGAGUACUUGGGUCCACAAGUUAGUGAGACGAGUUCGUAGCACUCCCGAUGUAUGUCCUCGAAUAUAUAUUCUUCUCCACGCUCUGCUCCAAACGGAAAUCUCUCUUUUUUCUUUGGUACAGUGUUUGAAUUAAGAUAAGAUGGUUGUUGAGCUUCCUUUCGUUAUUUUGUUCUUUCAUAUGUACCAUACUUUACAUGUUUUGAGAAAAAAAGUUGGGUGGAUUUGGUUAACAUUUGCGCUCAUGGUUUAUGAAUUUGACUAACCUCUUGGAAUUCAAAUUUUGUACUC